AUGGUCCCAGAAAAUCCCCGUCACCCUUAUAUGAAGCACAGAAUCGGCGGCUGGCUUCCCAAGCACCCUGAUCACUUCCUUCAAUGGCUGCACGGGGUUGUUGCCACAGUUAGAGAAGCUAAAAAGGCUGGGAAGUUGGCGAAGGAGCACACCUCCAUCAAGAAUUUUCGAGAGCUCAUCGUGAGCAAUACUCAAGUCCGAAUGUACUUUAGUCUGAUGUUUGAAGAAAUCCCGAACAAUGAAGUGUAUCAGACUGACCCAACUGGGAAGCGCGCCAUUAAGGACUGGGAAGAGUUGUUGGCAACAAUGAACCUGCUCUUGGAGCAAGCUCCCGGGUGGCUUUACAAUACAGAGGGUCAGAAAGGACUGGUUGGAUUCCCCUUUAAUGCUAUCCUGGAUUGGCCAAUGGGGACAGCAGCCGGUGUCUCCGCAUUCCUCCGCGAAGAUGUGUGCGCCUGCUUCAAGGACAUUCUAAAUGAAUACGGUCAGUUCCUGUCUUCCGAGAGAUCAGGCCAUGUCCUGAACAGCGACAAUUGGUUCAGUCCCCAAGCUCUGCAGGAAAUGAGCAGAGUCGCAUCCGAAGGCUACGGGAAGACUCUUUCCUUCGAGCAAGCCUACGAGUGCAACCCAAGCCUCCCCGGCUACGGCUACAAGACGUGGGACGAGUUCUUCAUCCGCAAGUUCCGGAAAGGGAUUCGCCCAGUAUACCAGGUCGGAGAUGACUUACAGAUUGUGAAUUGCUGUGAGUCGACGCCUUAUGCACUCCAAUAUGACGUGAAGCUUGUCGACAAUUUCUGGCUCAAGGGACAACCGUAUAGUCUCCAAGACAUGCUAGGCAGCAAUGAAUACGGAAAUAUAUUCCAGGGCGGAAUCGUAUACCAAGCAUUUCUUUCUGCGCUAAGUUAUCAUUGCUGGCAUGCCCCCGUCUCUGGCGUUGUUCGAGAUGUGUUUUAUAUUCCAGGCUCCUAUUACGCUGGAAGCUACUGGGAAGGGUUUGCGAAUAUUGACCCGAUAACCGGACAGCCUGAUCCAGAUCCGGCGGGACCGAAUGAAUCUCAAGGGUACAUUUGCCAAGUUGCAACACGAGCCGUGAUGCUCCUUGAGGCUACCGACCCGCACAUUGGCCUCAUGGCUAUCGUUCAGGUCGGUAUGGCGGAAGUUUCCUCAUGCCAAUGGACUGUGGAAAAGGGUGACACUCUGACAAAGGGCCAAGAUAUAGGAAUGUUCCACUUUGGCGGUUCAACACACUGUCUUAUAUUCCGGAAGGGUGUCGAGCUUAAAUGGGUCAAAGAUCCCAUGGUUACUGGAGAGGACAAAAAUUUACCGGUUUGUGGCGCACUGGCCCAAGUUAUCGCGGGGCCUGCUAAGUAG